AUGAGAUCCACGUACCGUCCUCUGGGUGAGGCAUACGGUGAUUCAUACCGCACAGCGACAAGACCUAUCCUACAGUCCCGCUCAGCUGCAGUGGAACCGGACGUUGCAGAGACAGGCUCACUUUGCCAGCCUGGCAGCACCAACUGGCUCGUCCUAAGAGGUCGUGAGCAAGUUGAACCAGGCAUGCGUCCCAUUUCGCGCUUCCAGCCUGCCACGGUAUAUGAGGAUGUGCCAUACGAUGGAGCAGUUCGCAACGUCUUGACAGCCUCAGUGCCGGCCAUCAUUGUUACGGCCCCGGAACCUUCGGAUGAAUAUAGGCUGCACCAGGUGCAGUUCGGCUCGGCUCAUCUCGUGGCCGGACGUGAUGAGCUUUCUGGAGGCAACGUCAUGAUUGACCCACAGCUCAUGCAGCCCGAGUCCCAAGCUCUUCUUACCACCACAGUCAAUAAGGAGACCAGAUUGUCCUAUACUGAAUGCCAAGUUCGUGGCGCCCAAGAACAUGUUGACGAUGAAAUGGGAAACCUUUCCAUGCAAACAUGCCCACUUGCUGUUUCUGAAAGUGACUAUGCUUCUGAAAGCGAUGUUGCCGCUCAACCCGUGGCCGAGUCGCUGCAUCCAAAGGCCCCUGAUUUGGAUAGUUCCGGCCACGUUCUGACCAAGUCUUGUCUUCCGGAGGUAAUUGACUCAACCACAUCUGAUGCUUCCGAGCCUUGGUCGGCUCCGAGAAGUCAAGUGAUUCUUGCUCAAAAUGAGCACAAGGACGGCAACCAUCACUUCUUGUCUGGAACAGUUACACCUGCGAACUUCACAGGUUUGGAUUCGGAUAUGGGUAGAGAAGCCUCUAAGGCCCGCAGAAACAACCUUUUUGUGCAAGGCACAGCCAGUCUUCCUAUAAGACCAUCCACUCACAGAAACCCGCGCUUGGCGAGCGGGUACCAGCCUCCCCGUCAGCAGCUUUUGGAUGACAGCGAGAAGCAGGGUCCGACACCUGAUCCCAAUCGCCCAUCGAAGCACGCGGUCAGCACCCCCUCGAGCUCAAAGGAGAAGAGACGGCAUCUUGAUCCAAACAGCAUCGCUGUUGGUGACAACUAUAAUGGUAAGAGCAGUCAACUCAAAGGCGGAGAGUCUACAGCAAGCGUUGCGCUCAGUGGUGUUUCUGAGAGCCCGUUCAGAGACGAAGCCGGGACAGACUACACUGGCAGCAACAAUUCCCAGAAUUGUUGCAACGGCGGACCAAGUUCAAACUUCGAGUCCCCGGAGGCUUCUGCUAAUCGUCAGUACCAUGACGAGCGCAUCGAAAGUUUCCGGUUUGGCAGCGGCCUUUACGACGACGUCAACUACAAUAUGUGUCCUAGAUUUGGCCAAAAUUGUGUCCACGGAGAGGGGCUGCUCGGUAUGUCCAACUAUUUCCGUAACACCGGGGUCAAUUUCGAGGAAUCUGCGGAAAACGGCCACGUUCUGCUCGCUCCUAUUUUAACUCCACGCCAAGCGGCCAUGCCACCAGUUCCGACGGUCUCCCUUGCUCAAGCCAACUGGGAACACCCAUCUGAAUAUGGGCAAGGUCAGCACCGCAGCCUACCGCUUGUUUCACCGUCCAUGGGCGUACCGCACCCUACGUUCGAACCGGGCGACUUCUUGCGGAUGUGUCAGGAAGAGCAAGCGAAGAAACAGCUUGUUGAAGCACAAGUUCAAGCACAGCAAGCAACCUUGAAGAAGGCCGAAAUUGAGUCCCAGGCUCGUAGGCUGGAACAGGCUCAAGUCCAGGUACUUGCCCUUGAACAGCAGCUGGCAAAAGCCAAGCAGCUUCGCCAGACACAACAGCUACCCCAAGAGGAGCAGAUCGGCCAGAUGCAACAAAGUGCUGCAGCACAGCAAGUCUCUGUGCCGUCGCCACAACUUUUCCAAACUUCCAACACAUUAGUUCAGGAAACGAACCAUGCGGACUCAUGGCCCACUAUAUAUAGCCGGCAGGUCACACAGAAUGGAAGUGACUUGCAAACUUGUACCCCUUCCCAGUCAAUUGGGCAAUCCACAGCGAGUCGUCUACAGGUCUUACCGCCCAGACUUGCGUCACAGGAGCCGUGGGAAGGCGAUGACGAAUUCUAUGUCAACUCUUACAUGUCGUCUUAUCGACCGUUCCACAGCACUCAGCGACCGGCUACGGCUAUGCACCAAGAGCAAUCAAGCACCACAACUCAUCAGCAACCAUCUGUGACCCAUCCACAAUUGUCAGAUACGGCUGAACCCUGGCAAAACUCUGCGAGUGGCAUUGCCUCUGGUGAACAGCAGCAUUCUGCAGAUUAUAACAGACCAGCCUGGGGAACGCGGUCCCAAAUCGGCCCAUACGGGUAUUUCGAAGACGUCAUGUACCCGCAUGACAGAGAUGAUUUGGACUGA